CACCACUGCGGCGAAGACCAUCGAGUUUACGGUCGAUAUCUAUGGGAUCAGAGUCGGAUGACGAGAACGGCCUGGACCUCGACAAAGACCUCACCUCACCCGCUUUCAUGUCCUCCUCACUGCCGGCGUUACCGACACACUCCCACGCCCGACCCGAUCCUGAUCCAUGCCCCGACAUGAUCGCAAUAAUUGAUCACUCCGACCCCUCCUUCUCCGACUCUACCGGCGCAGGUGAGCCCUUUGCUCAACACGUCACCCUCACAGAUCCCCAAAUCGUCGGCGGAAAAUACGUGGCGUACCUCUGUACCGUCACCACGCCCGAAGGCACAGAAAUCCGGUGCAGGAAACGGUAUUCGGAGUUCCGGGCAUUGGAGGAGAUGCUGAAGGUUAGUUAUCCGGUCAUUGUGAGGAGUUUGCCGAGGUUUCCGGGGAAGAGUGUCGCGCAGAAGUUCCGGGCGGAGUUUGUGGAGAGGAGGAGGAGGAGGCUGGAGUUUUGGUUGAGUUGUGUGUUGUUGCAUCCGAAUCUGGGGGGGAGUACUGUUGUGAGGAAGUGGUGGACGGAGCAAGUGCAGUGAGAUAAGGGAGAUGCGAACUGACUGGAUGGAGGGGGUGUUGCCGAGGAUACCGGAAUACACGUCGGCGCAUGGCAAGGUCCAGGGGAUAAGAACUUCUCAAGGAUGCAUGAAGGAGAAUGCGGUCAAACGAUCGCGAAUGGAUUCGCGGGAGCGGAAGAAGGACAGUAACAUGGACGGGACAUGGCGUUUUUGGAC